UACAAUCCAUUUUCAUCAAUACUAUUUACCAUUAACUGAUCAAAAAAAAAAAAAUGAGGGAGGCGACAUGAAGAAUGGUAGAGAGAGAGAGAGAGAGGAGUGGGGUGGCUUCUGGGUGAACGCCAAGUCUCGCUGCUGGUUUGGUUUUCUACCCUCUACGUAAUACGGUAACAUGACAUCGACGCUGAAAUCAAUUGGUGAAUAUGGUAGCCUUAUUUUUAAUCAGAAUCUGAAGAUUACCAAGUUGGGAAAAUCUGGUCGGAUUGAGGCAGCAGUCCAAAUUUUUGAGCAAAUGACUCACCGCAACAUUGUAACAUACAAUUCCAUGAUUUCGGCAUUUGCGAAGAAUGGCAGAAUAAAUGAUGCCCGACAGUUGUUUGAUAAAAUGCCUAAUAAAAACUUGGUUUCUUGGAACAGUAUGCUUGCCGCGUACUUGCACAAUGACAAGGUGGCUGAUGCCUCCAAACUUUUUUACGAAAUGCCAGAGAGAGACUUGUUUUCAUGGACUCUUAUGAUAACUUGCUACACGCGAAAUGGGCUGCUUGAAAAUGCGAGAGGCUUGCUCAAUUUGCUCCCCGAUAAGCGAGACCCUGUUUGUUGGAAUGCAUUGAUAGCAGGAUACGCAAAGAGCCGGCGCUACGAUGAUGCUCGGAGUCUUUUUUAUGAGAUGCCUGUUAAAGAUAUCAUAUCAUGGAAUUCCAUACUUGCAGGGUACACCAAGAAUGGAGAAAUGCAUUUGGCAUUGAAUUUUUUUGACGAAAUGGUGGAGAGAGACAUUUUUUCGUGGAAUUUGAUGUUAGAUGGGUUUGUUGAGAUUGGCGAUUUUGAUUAUGCCUGGAAACUUUUUAAGAAGAUUCCGAACCCAAAUAUUGUUUCAUGGGUUACAAUGUUAUGUGGCUUUGCACGAAAUGGAAAGAUUGCUGAAGCUCGGGAACUUUUUGACCAAAUGCCAAACAGAAAUAUUGUUUCUUGGAAUGCAAUGAUUGCAGCUUAUGUCCAGAACUCCCAAAUUCAAGAGGCCAAUAGACUGUUCAAAGAAAUGACGGAUAGGAAUUCUGUAUCAUGGACUACAAUGAUUAAUGGAUAUGUUCGUGUUGGUAAGCUUGAUGAAGCAAAGGAGUUACUGAAUCAAAUGCCUUACAAAAACAUUGCGGCCCAAACGGCAAUGAUAGCUGGAUAUGUACAAAACAAAAGAAUGGAUGAAGCUUCUCAAAUCUUCAAUCAAACAGUCACACGAGAUAUUGUUUGUUGGAACACCAUGAUUGCAGGCCAUGCUCAAUGUGGAAGAAUGGAUGAAGCUCUCAAUCUUUUUAAUAAAAUGCUUAUGAAGGAUAUAAUUUCAUGGAAUACCAUGAUAGCUGGUUAUGCUCAAGUGGGACAAAUGGAUAGAGCAUUUAAGAUCUUCAUGGAUAUGGGAGAGAGGAAUGUAGUUUCUUGGAAUUCCCUAAUUUCAGGUUUCACACAAAAUGGGUUAUUUGUGGAUGCACUGAAAAGCUUCAUGUUGAUGGGGCAGGAGGGCAGGAAACCUGAUCAGUCUACAUUUGCUUGUGGACUAAGUGCCUGUGCAAAUAUUGCAGCUUUGCAAGUUGGGAAUCAAAUUCAUAAUCUUGUUUUGAAGAGUGGUUAUGUAAAUGAUUUGUUUGUUGGCAAUGCCUUGAUCACUAUGUAUGCUAAGUGUGGAAAGAUUCCGAGCGCUGAACUUGUAUUUGUAGAUAUAGAUCACAUUGAUCUUGUGUCUUGGAAUUCUUUGAUUGCUGGUUAUGCUCUAAAUGGGCAUGGAAAGCAAGCGGUCAAACUCUUUGAAGAGAUGGAAUCACAAGGGGUCAUUCCAGACAAGGUCACUUUUGUUGGGAUAUUAUCUGCAUGCAGUCAUGUUGGACUAAUUGAUAUGGGUUUAAAAUUGUUUAAACGUAUGAUUGAAGUGUACUCUAUUGAACCUUUGGCUGAACACUAUGCCUGCAUUGUUGAUUUACUGGGCCGUGCGGGAAGUUUACAAGAAGCCUUUCAAGUAGUAAGGGGAAUGAAGAUCAAGGGCAAUGCAGGAAUAUGGGGUGCAUUGCUUGGCGCUUGCCGGACUUACCGGAAUAUAGAACUUGGUAAGCUUGCUGCCGGGAAUCUUCUCAAACUUGAGCCCUAUAAGACUUCAAACUAUGUGCUCUUGUCAAACAUGUAUGCAGAGGCAGGGAAAUGGGAGGAAGUAGAAAGUAUGAGGUUAUUAAUGAAAGGCAGGGAAGCAGAAAAGCAACCAGGAUACAGCUGGAUUGAGAUACAAAAUCAGAUUUAUGCUUUUCUCUCUGAUGAUACAGCACAGCCUAGAACAGUGGAGAUAUACAAUACACUGAAAACUUUAACAGCACACCUGAGGAACACAGGUCACAUCCCCGAGUUCAAAGUUUCCCUUGAUGACCCGUUAUAAUCAAUCUGAUACUUGGACAACUUGCAUGGAUAGUGGAGAAAUUAUUUCUCAUUUUUUGUAUUACAAAGCCAGCACUACCUUGUAUAUAUGGGAGGAUGUGUGUUAAAUUUAUUAAUUCUUUUGCAAAUGUACCUAUAUGUUCUUGAGCUCGCUCUGCUGUUAUGAAGCUAUGUUGUAAUUUAGGUUAUUUAUGUAUGGUGAAAUUUUAUUUUU